CAAAGGAAGCAUCGUUGACGACACACGCACGCACCAAGCCUAAAUAAAGCGCGACCAAUCCCCACCUCCCAAGCUCGCGUCCUCGACCACCUUCCCAAAUUAACCGAAGCUCCGGCCCGGCCGGCCACGGAUUGAUCCCCGUGCCGGCGACCCGCGCGCAAUGAAGCUCCCCAAACGCCUCCUGGCCACCGCCGGAGCCUUGCUGCUCGUGGCCGCGUCGCUCCUGGUCGCCACCCUGCUCACCUCGCCUCUCCCGCUGCUCCCGCUGCUCCCCUGCCUCCCGUCCGUCGAAUCCCCCUCGGGCACCGGGUACGCGCCCCCCGGCCUGGCGUCCCUGGCCGAGGCCGCCGUGUUCUACGCCACCAGCCCCGUGGUGCCGCAGCAGUCGCGGGAGGAGAUCUCGGUCUCCCUCGCCGUGCUCAGGCGCCGGGCGCCGCUGCGGCUCCUGGUGUUCGGGCUCGGCCACGACUCGCCGCUGUGGCACGCGCUCAACCCGGGCGGCGUCACCGUGUUCCUGGAGGAGGACCCGGAGUGGUACCGCGAGGUGCGGUCCCAGUCCCCGUUCCUCCGGGCCCACCUCGUCAGGUACCGCACCCGCCUCGACCAGGCCGAUCCCCUCUUCGCUUCCUACAAGCAGAACCCCUCCUGCGUGCCCCCCGGCAACAACGAAGAAGCUUUGCAGGUCCGGGGCAACGCGGAUUGCCCGCUGGCGCUGCACAACCUGCCGCCGGAGGUGUACGAGAACGAGUGGGACAUGCUGAUGGUGGACGCGCCCAAGGGGUACUUCCCCUCGGCGCCCGGGAGGAUGGCGGCGAUAUGGACGGCGGCGGCCAUGGCGCGCGCCAGGAAAGGGGAAGGGGACACGGACGUCUUCCUCCACGACGUGGACCGCAAGGUGGAGAAGAUGUACGCCGAGGAGUUCCUCUGCGACAGGUUCCGGGUCGGCGCCACCGGCCGGCUCUGGCAUUUCAGGAUCCCGCCCGUGUCGCGGCGCGGGAACGAGACCAGGGCGGCCGCCGCCGGCAGGCCGUUUUGCUGAGGAUGGUGGUUUUGCGAGGGGUGUUUUUAGAGAAUUGGCCUUCUUUUGUCGGGGGCCGUAUAGGAUUCGUGUGCUCUGCCGUGGAUACGGUCCAAAUGAGGCGAGGCAUGUGCCAAGAUUUUUGAGGUAAACAGCCCACGAGCUAGCCUGGUACAUUGAUACUAUGCUCUUUCAAUUUCAAACGUUAAUUAGCUCGGUACUUUGAUGGAUGGCAUAGGGGUAGGAUUCUGAUCCCGAGAGGCGAUUUGUACCAUGUUUUGUUUUGCCUGUGAGAUUUUGUAUCAUGACUAUACACAACUACUGUAUUUCUCAAGACAUACACAAACGGAUCAUGCAUAGGCUUAAAUA